UGUUCCAACAGUCUGUUAAAACAUGGUGGAUUACUAUGAAGUGCUGGGCGUGCAGAGACAUGCCUCACCUGGGGACAUCAAAAAGGCGUAUUGGAAACAGGCACUUAAAUGGCACCGGGACAAAAAUCCUGAAAAUAAAGAAGCAGAGCAGAAAUUCAAACAAGUUGCUGAGGCAUAUGAAGUGUUAUCGGAUGCUAAAAAGUGGGACAUCUAUGACAAAUAUGGCAAAGAAGGAUUAAAUGGUGGUGGUGGUGGAGGAGGUGGAAGUCAUUUUGACCGUCCAUUUGAGUUUGGCUUCACAUUCCGGAACCCAGAUGAUGUCUCAUUUCAGUGGAAUGGGUGACUUCAAAUCAAUAUCAACUUCAACUAAAGUAGU